GGAACUUGAACUCCCUUUGCCUGGACGAGAGGGGUGGAGACGCAGCUAGGAAUGAAAGGGAGAGAGGUUAGGGAGAGAGAAUGCAUUUGUCUCUGAAUCGAGGGAUGUGUAUGGACGGCCUGAUUUGGUGAAUGUGGAUGAACCCAACAACUGUGCCUCGCGCCCGACUUCAGCGGUGUGGCGUAAAGACUAUGAGUCACCUGUUCUUCUCUGCACUUCUGCAUCUGAUUGGCUGCUUGCUUACAGCCGGUGCUCUAGACAUCUCAGAUGUGACUCUCAUAAAUCCAGACCCGGUUGUGUCCUCAGCCAUCUCGCCGUCACUUUUGUGUGUGAGCAGCGACUGGACCACUUCUGGGACCAGCUCCUUGAGUUUGGGCCACGAACCUCUUGAUCACGAAGUUCAUAACCUGAGAGCAGAGCCGGACAGAAGCCGCCACGCUGCUGCUAAAGUCACAUGGAUGUCACGUAAUCACACCUUUGGAGUUUUUUACUGCCACGUCAAAAACUCUAAUGGAAGUAAAAUCUACACUUACAAGAUGCUCAGUGAAGCUUCUUUCCUCCCAGAAUCUCUGACAGUGACCGUGAAUGAAGGUGAAGAUGUAAACAUUUCUUACACAAGAAAGACAGAUUUACCUGAGGACACCGUCAUCUUUAAAAACGGCAUUUAUGAGCAUUCAUCAGUCAAAGAGGACAAUGCGGACAUGGUUCAUUACUCUAUAACCAACGCACAAGCAGAAAAGCAUGCAGGAAUUUAUUCCAUUCAUUACAUUUCUGGCACUCCAUUUAGUUCAGCGAUAACUCGACUGAUCGUCAGGAGUAAGAUUUUCUUGUUGUAAGGCUGGUUUAUGGGGAGUGAAUUGUACAAAGACGUGUCCGCUCUGUUUUAAUGGAGGCAUCUGUCAUGAUGGGACAGGAGAAUGUCUCUGCCCACCGGGAUUCAAAGGAGCCACCUGUG